AUGACUCAGUAUAACAAUUCAGCCGAGCUCUCUCUCCAGAACACAGCAAAUAAGUCAUUAAAUUUCACUGACACACCAUUGGUUUUGGAUGAAAGGACACUGUUAGGGCUGAAGAUUUCACUGUCAGUCCUUCUGUCUGUUAUAACUUUGGCAACGAUCCUUGCAAAUGUUUUUGUUGUUAUUACAAUUUUUCUGACUAGAAAGCUCCACACACCCGCAAAUUACCUCAUUGGCUCCUUGGCAGUGACUGAUCUUUUAGUGUCUGUCCUAGUAAUGCCCAUCAGUAUUGCUUACACUGUCACCCACACAUGGGCCUUUGGCCAAGUGUUGUGUGAUAUCUGGUUAUCAUCAGACAUCACAUGCUGCACAGCCUCAAUCCUACACCUCUGUGUUAUUGCGCUGGACAGAUACUGGGCUAUCACAGAUGCUUUGGAAUAUACCAAACGCCGAACUGCUGGCCGAGCAGCACUCAUGAUUGCUGUGGUAUGGAUGAUCUCUAUUAGUAUUUCUGUGCCACCUUUUUUCUGGAGGCAGGUGAAAGCUCAUGAAGAAAUUGCAAAGUGUACUGUGAACACAGAUCAAAUUUCCUACACAAUUUAUUCUACUUGUGGAGCUUUCUACAUCCCAACUGUGCUCCUCCUGAUACUGUAUGGUAGAAUUUAUGCAGCAGCUCGAUCCAGGAUUCUGAAGCCACCCUCAUUGUAUGGGAAACGUUUCACUGCGGCACACCUGAUUACCAGCUCUGCUGGGUCUUCACUCUGCUCUAUUAAUGCUAGCCUUCACGAAGGGCAUUCCCACGCAGGUGGAUCCCCAAUAUUUAUCAGUCAUGUUAAAAUAAAACUUGCAGAUAGUGUUCUGGAAAGGAAAAGAAUUUCUGCUGCAAGAGAAAGGAAAGCCACCAAAACUUUAGGCAUUAUUCUGGGAGCUUUCAUUUUCUGCUGGCUGCCUUUUUUUGUCAUGUCCCUAGUCCUACCAAUCUGCCAAGAUGCUUGUUGGUUUCAUCCCAUCCUACUGGACUUUUUUACAUGGCUAGGUUACUUAAACUCACUGAUCAAUCCAGUCAUUUAUACAGCUUUUAAUGAAGAAUUUAAACAUGCUUUCCAGAAACUAAUACAUUUCAAAAAGUGUUUGUCUUGA